GGAGUAUCUGGUGGGUGGGGUCAGGAGAGCCUUUCCCACGCAGUGCCACAGGGUUACACAAACACUUCUGGGUUUCUGGCGACCCGAGUGCGGCUCCUGAGUCACGACGAGACUCCGUCUCCUCUGAUCACAGUGUGUUGCUGAUACUUUGCUUCCAAUAUUCUUUUUUUCCUUAACUCCAAGGACUGUUUUGAGUUUUCCAAUGUCUGGCAGAUUGAGGCACGAAGGUACAAGUGGACCAAAAGAGGUCGGUUGGAGGGAAAAUCCAGAAAGAACCUUUGACUUGGUAUUGAAAGUGAAAUGUCAUGCCUCUGAAAACGAAGAUCCGGUGGUGUUGUGGAAGUUCCCAGAGGACUUUGCAGACCAGGAGGUACUGCAGACUGUGCCAAAGUUCUGCUUCCCCGUUGACGUUGAAAGAGUGUCUCAGAAUCAAGUUGGACAGCACUUUACCUUUGUACUGACAGACAUUGAAAGUAAGCAGAGAUUUGGAUUCUGCCGACUCACGUCGGGAGGCAAGAUUUGCUUAUGCAUCCUCAGUUACCUGCCAUGGUUUGAAGUGUAUUACAAGCUUCUAAAUACUCUGGCAGAUUACUUGGCUAAGGAACUGGAAAAUGAUUUGAAUGAAACUCUCAAAUCGCUCUAUAACCACCCGGUACCAAAGGCAAACACCCCUGUCAGUUUGAGUGUGAACCAAGAGAUAUUUAUUGCCAGUGAGCAAGUUCUGAAAGAUCAGCCCUCCCUGGCAGCGCCCUACUUCAUUGCCCCUGAUAGAACUGGACUCCCAACGAUACCCGAGAGUAGAAACCUGACGGAGUACUUCGUGGCGGUGGACGUGAACAACAUGCUGCAGCUGUACGCCAGCAUGCUGCACGAGAGGCGCGUCCUGGUCACCGCCAGCAAGCUGAGCACCUUAACUGCCUGUCUGCACGGCUCGGCCGCCCUGCUGUACCCCAUGCACUGGCAGCACAUCUUCAUCCCAGUCCUCCCUCCACACCUGCUGGACUACUGCUGUGCCCCAAUGCCAUACCUGAUUGGAAUACACUCCAGCCUCAUAGAGAGAGUGAAAAAUAAAUCACUGGAGGACGUGGUUAUGUUAAAUGUUGACACAAACACUUUAGAAUCACCAUUCAAUGACUUGAACAGCCUCCCGAGUGAUGUGGUCUCGGCCCUGAAAAACAAACUGAAGAAGCAGUCCACAGCUACGGGAGAUGGAGUGGCCAGGGCCUUCCUCAGGGCUCAGGCUGCUUUGUUUGGAUCCUACAGAGAUGCACUGAGAUACAAACCUGGUGAGCCCAUCACCUUUUGCGAGGAGAGUUUUGUAAAGCACCGUUCAAGUGUGAUGAAACAGUUCUUGGAAACUGCAGUUAACCUCCAACUUUUUAAGCAGUUUAUUGACGGUCGACUGGCAAAGCUAAACGCAGGGCGGGGCUUCUCUGACGUAUUUGAAGAAGAGAUCACUUCCGGUGGCUUCUGUGGAGGCAGCUCGAGGUCCUACCAGCAGUGGGUACAUACGGUCAAGAAAGGAGGUGCACUGUUCAACACAGCAGUGACCAAAGCAACUCCCGCUGUACGAACCGUGUAUAAAUUUGCUAAAAAUCACGCCAAGCAGGGGAUAAGGGAAGUGAAGAGUAAGCUGAGACACAAGGAAAACGAGGAAGAUUAUGGAACUUGCUCUGGUUCUGCGCAGUACACGCCAGUUUACACGUUACGCAGUGACAAGGGGGAAAGCCUCGCAAGGCGCAAGCUUGCCCAGCCGCGCUUAAGAAGGACCCUCAAGAGCCUCGAUGGUGCUCUGUGUGAGGAUGACGGUGAUGACAUCGAGAGGGCGAGCAAGUUGUCUUCUGAAGACGGUGAGGAAGCGUCUCCCUACUUUUACGAAAGUGACGACUCCCUUGAGAUGAGAGCGAAGGCCCCGUACUCAGGCGAGAUGGACUUGCUGGGCGAGAUCCUCGACACGCUGAGCACCCACAGCUCGGACCAGGGGAAGCUGGCGGCGGCCAGGAGCUUGGACUUCUUCAGGUCGAUGGACGAUAUUGAAUACCAGCCCACGAGUAAGUCCAGCGCCCCAAGCGAGAGCAGCCUAGGCCCACUCUGCAGCGGCUCAGGGGACCAGGCUGAGUGGCACCUGGGGCAGGACGACAGCGCCCUGCACGGCAGGCACCUGCCCCCCUCACCCAGGAAGCGGCUGUCCUCAGGCGCGGCGACCGAGUCCCUGUUCAUCCUGAAGGAGGAGAGCAGGGAAGCACCGGAGAAGCCGGCUCUGCCGUCGGGGCCCGCUGUGCAGCUGGCCUCGCCCGAGACCGCCACCGCGGAGAGCAGGGACACACUAAGCCAGCCUCCCGAUGACCUGCUGGAGCCCAGCCUCGGACGGCGCUCUUCCACCUUUGUUCCUUGGGAGAAAGAGGGGAGAGGAGCUGAGGAUGCGGCAGAAGGUGCCGGACUGCUCCAGGAAGUGGUGUCCCUGUGUCAUAUCACAUCUGCCUUCCAGCAAGACCUCAACAUUUCAGAAGGAAAAACAGGUGGAAACCAAGCCUGAAUCAGCAGUGAGAGUCGGACACUUGACCCAGCGCCGCCGGAGGCGUGGGAGGCCCCGGGGUAAAUCUGCAUCAGCAGCAGUGCUGUGCAGGAAUGACCGCUGUCACUGCUGCCUGCAAGUUACCUGUCCUUUGGAGCGUUCACUUCCCCAUCUCGUUCCCCUUGUGUGUAGAUUAGCCCUUAAUUCUUAAAUGUAAAGCUAAUUGUUCCAUGUGCUCUUGAAUCAGGUACUAGUUUGUACGUAUGUUGGAAGUAUAUACUGAACACAUGAUUUCCCAGUAUUUGGUGCUUAAUGCCACCUCGCUUGUUUAAGCUAGUCUGUGUGUGUGACCCUUGCACAUAACCAGUAGCUCCUGCACUAACCUGGUUGAACGUGAACUGGCCGAGAUCUCAAAACCUCUCAGAAGUAGCCCGAAACUGCUGAGAGUGUCAACCCACUCAUUGCCUUAAUCUUAAGCCUAUAUAUUAAGCAUACUUACAUAAUUUAUGGAAAUACAUAUAAAUUUUAAAAGAUAAGUUAUAAGUGUUCUGUGGAGCAAUAAUGCCUUUUUCUAGUCAUUGAGUCAAGGACAAAAAAUUCAUUUUUUCGAAGUUAAAAAGCUCUCUUGUGGACACUGCAGCCAUGUUUUCCAAAAUACGUAAAGGUACACACUUACCUGUCACUCAGUGAAGUAUAUGAAGUGCUGAAUUACAAUGUGAAAUUAAUGACUUCUGUUUACAGAUGACACUUUAAAUUUUUCCACUGUCCCUCUGCUCGCCUUUGCUAAGUAAGAGUCACUCCUGGAAAGCCAAAUGCGACAUGAACUGUCCUGAUAAAAAAAAGUUCCUAUCUUUUUUUUCCCUUAACUAAUAAUUCUCUAUCAGAAUGCUUUAUAUCAUCUCAAAUUUACUUCUUAAAAUAAUUGACCUACUGUUUUGGAGGUUUGGGAUUUGUAGGAAGAGUGGAGAGCCCGGAGUCCCUCUGCAGCCCCCGCCGUGUCCCUGUGUGGACCUCACCACGCACGGGCUGCGCCUUCCGCACAUGUCCCUGGGUUUUCCCUAGCGCGCCCUUUCUGCCCCGGGACCCCACGUCCCAUUUGGUUGUCACGUCUCCGUGGGCUCCUCUGGCUCUGACAGCUUCCCGGACGUUCCUCGUGCCCGGCGACCUCGACAGUUCCGGAGGGUCCUGGCGGGGGAGUUGUGGCUCCUCUGCUGGAAUCCGGCAGGUGUUCUCACUGGGAUGACGGG